GMGACUCGGGGCUGACAUUUCCGAGCGCUCAGAUGCGCCAGCAUUUUGGGAAMCCUCGCGAAUCGCCCGCCGCGCUCCGCCAGCAGCGCCCGUCCCGUCCGGAGCGCGAUGGACCAGAACAAACCCCUGAAGGUCCGGCUGGCUUUCUCCGUGAUCCUGCUGGGUGUCUCGCUGCUYUUCGCCGCCGUGGUCACUGACCACUGGGCCGUGCUCAGCCCCAGYGUGGAGGAGAACAGCACGGCCUGCGAUGCGGCGCAUUUCGGGCUCUGGAGGUUGUGCACCAAGAGGAUCGUCCUGCAGGAGCGGGGACACCGGGAGAAGAGUUGCGGGCCCAUCAGCCUGCCAGGAGACCACAACUGCUCCUACUUCAAGCACUUCACUCCAGGAGAGACCUCGGAGAUAUUUGAAGUGACCACCCAGAAAGAAUACAGCAUUUCAGCCGCAGCCAUGUCCAUCUUCAGCGUGGGCUUUGCCAUCAUCGGGACGAUCUGCGUGCUGCUGUCCUUCAGGAAGAAGAGGGAUUACCUGCUGAAGCCAGCAUCCAUGUUCUACACCUUUGCAGGUCUCUGCAUCAUCAUCUCAGUUGAAGUGAUGAGACAAUCGGUGAAGAGGAUGAUUGACAGCAAGGAGACAGCGUGGAUCCAGUACAGUUACUCGUGGUCCUUCGCCUGUGCCUGCGCCUCCUUCGUGCUGCUCUUCGUCUGCGGCAUCGCCCUCCUCCUCAUCGCGCUGCCCCGCUUCCCCCAGAACCCCUGGGAGACCUGCAUGGAUGCAGAGCCGGAGCACUGAUGAUCCCUGCACCCACGGAAAAAAAAAAAAAAUAUCCAGAAAGUGUUCUGAAAAGAUUUGUUAUUUUUUAAAAUGUCUGGGUCUCACUACACAAUGUGCUCUCCAUUGAGUGAGUCAUUACUGAACCAAGGCAUGUUCGAUUGCAAUUGUUGCUUUCUUUUUCUUUUCCUCUCUUAUUUUUCCUUUCUUUUUUUUUUCUCUCU